GAGAAAGUGACCGAGAGAUAGGACUGAAACAAGACAACAAGUGUAAGAGUAACAAGAAAGAGAGUAGCAAGGAGAGAGAGGGAAGUACACGAGUCUGUAGAAGGCUGGCUUCUAGCUCCAUCGCUAGAUACCAGCCUUCGCCCUCUCAGCUUGCGCACCCCUCUGGCUCAAGGAAUUGAUUGGGAGGAAUCAUGUUCCAACACCAUGUGCUCUUCUCCAAUGGGUUCCAAGGAAACACCGAUGCAAACGCUCGCUGCGAAGUCUCAGAUCCGCUGUCCUUCGGCUAUCAGUACUUUGCUGGUGCAAUCGUAGUAUUCCUCGCUGGAAUGCUUGCGAGCUUCGGAAAUUCGGGAUUCGACACAUGCUGCGACAUCGUCAGACGACGGUUUGUCUUCACCAUCGAAUUUCUCAGCUGCGAUGAGACAUUGAUCUGGAUGAGCAACUGGGUUUCAGAACAUCCGUCCUCCGCCAACACUAGGAACGUCUCUGUGUUCUCCUCGUUUCGUAGCUUAGGGCUACUGCGCUCUGAGACAGACAAACAACAGCAGGACCACAUCUUGUUGCCGACAGGAUGGAUCAUCUUGAAGCAUAAGAACAGAUGGAUUCUUAUCACGAGGUCGAGCAAGCCGAAAGCCAACCAUCGCUCCCUUGCCGAAUCAUCGAACAUGCGGUUGUACGUCCUUGGAGGUUCAAAGCAGUUCUUGCUGGAUCUUCUUGAGGAAGCAAGGGAAGCCUAUGAGACAAAGAAGAACUCAAGAACAAGGAUCUACGUUGCUGACGAGUACUCCUACUGGAAUCUCACCUCCUCCAGGAUGUCUCGUCCCCUGAGCACAGUCUUGACUUGGCCCCUGGACCGCUCCGGAGCCGUCCUGGACGAUUGCAAGAGAUUCUUGGAGGCUGAGCAAUGGUACGCGUCCAGAGGGAUUCCUUGGCGUCGGGGAUAUCUGCUCCACGGCCCUCCUGGGACCGGCAAGACAAGCCUUGUCUCUGCUCUGGCAGGCGCCUUGGAGUUGCCCAUCUACGUGGUCCACCUCUCCGGCCCCAAGCUGACCGAUCAGAGCUUCAUCGAGACUCUCAACGGCUCUGCUUCCAGGUGCAUCCUCCUGCUGGAAGACAUUGACGCAGCUUUCCGGCAGAGGAACUCCGAGGACGUGGCGGGAGGGCUGACCUUCUCGGGACUGCUCAACGCGCUGGAUGGGGUUGUGGCGCAGGAAGGUCGACUAGUCUUCAUGACGACCAAUCAUCUUGAGAGGCUAGAUCCUGCUCUUGUUCGCCCUGGGCGUGUCGACCUGAUGGUCGAGUUUCACUUGUGCACUAAGGAGAUGGUGUCGGCAUACCUACGAAGUUUCUACACAGACAUCAGCGAGGAGGAGGUGGCAGAGUUCGUUGAAGCUGUUCCCUCUGGCGCCCUGUCGAUCGCCCAGCUUCAAGCAUGUUUCCUCAAGCAUGCGCACACCCCCUUGAAGGCUCUCACGGAGAUCAAAUCGGUGAUCCGAGAAAUGGUAGGACACUAGUCCCAGCAAGUCGCAGGGAGAGUUGGACUAGAUCCGCCCUGUUAUUCAUUAUCACAUCUGUAAUAUUAAAAAUGAGAUCUAG